AUGGAGGAGCGGGCCUCGCCGCCGCGACCACCUCCUCCACAUGAUGUUAAUUCUAACCCCCAAUUACCUGAUUUUGGCCAUGGCACCUACGUUGUCCAAGUCCCUAAGGACCAAAUUUACCGCGUCCCACCACCCGAAAAUGCCCUUAUUGCCGAGAGUCAUCGGAAACCUCCCACUAAGGAGACAAAGCGGACAUGUUGUUGUUGUUGGUGUAUUGUGUUCAUCGUCCUCUUCCUCGCUAUUAUCAUUUUGGUUGGAGGUGUUUUAGGUGGCCUUUUUUCCAUGACAAAUCCACCAAAGGAUCCAGAGUUUUCAAUCAAACACUUUCUCUUACAAAGCAAACUACGCCCACAAUACAAAAUCACUAUACAAGCCUAUAAUCCAAAUACAAAUGUGGACAUUUUAUAUAAAGAAGGAGGAGAUGUUUCCCUCUCUUUAAAAAAGAAAAAAAUUGCUUCAGGUGAAUAUCCAACAUUCUCUCAAGCCAAUCAAAAUUCAACAAAUUUUGAAGUAACUUUAAAAGGCUCAACAACAAAAUUACCUAAAGAAGUUCAAGAAAGCAAGACAAAUGGUAAAAAGAAAGUGCAUGUUACAUUUUCUUUAUCAAUUAAUGUUCAAACUCAUAUGAAAUUGAGCUUGCUUCAAAGAGAGUCAGUGACUUACGAGGCUACUUGUCACGUAACCGUCGAUUCAUUUGCCAAAACUACAAAAGUAGUUUCUCAACAAUGUGAAACUAAAGGACACUAG